AAGGAUUUUUUAAAAAUCUCCAAGGAGUGCAUCAAUAUCAUACUCAACCUAGGACAGUGGGGAACUCAGCAGUUUGAUUGAAUUAUGCCUUUUGUUUUCAAUCUUCAGCAGCUUCCAGGUUGUUCACUUAUUUUUAAUCCAGUCCAGCAACAACAGCAGCAGUUUUCUCCACAGCAACAAUCUCAACGUGCUACAACCCUGUAGUCCUCAGCAACAGGGAGUGUGCUAACAGCCCUCAGCCUGGGGUGCUGGGAUGAAACAGUUUCUCCUAUUCUUGCCAAGCU